AUGGUGUUACACAAAAAUUUGCUUUCCAACUACCAUGGAUUGUCCACGACCUCAGCACCACUCAAAGCACUACAAAGAACAUGGGAAUGUGAUUAUUCUGUGUUCCGGGAUAUGUUCUCCCUUCCCAUACCCCUCAAGUCCCAACCAGAGGAGACAGUGGGUCAGGUUAGCUUUAGGGUAGAAGGAGAGGUCGAUGAGCACCCAAUCGUCUUUCCUGAAACAACUGUGGAGGAGUUUGAUCACUUUGUGGAAAAUUGUCUCUAUUUUACGCUAACUCUCCUUCACAGUUGGACACCUCCACCUGUUCCCGUUCAAGUCCAUAUUGAUGUCUUGAAGUUCGCCCACAAGUUCGACCUGCGUGAAGAUGUCAAAAACAGUGUUAUCUUUAAAUUGAGUGAAUAUCGCGACCCUCACCUCAAAGCCGUCGACCGCUUGAAUCUGGCUCGCCUCUAUGAGAUCCCAUCAUUCAUUCGGCCAGCAUUCAUCUCACUCUGCCGCAUUACCCUCAAAAUCUCAGACCUCCCCUCCAUCGAUAUCCAGAAGAUCGGCCUUCCAGCCUUCAGUGUCCUAGCAAAAGUUAAGGAAGCCAUAAAUGAAGAACGACGCAUAAUUGCAUACCAUGCUCCUGGCGUCGAUUCACUUCCCACCAACGAAGAAUGUAACAAAUUGACCCACAGCACUGUAUGUCUGAGGGUAUGGAAGAAGGAGUGGUGGAGCAAGAUCGGGAGAGGUAUCCUGCAGCCGGUGCCCAUAUUCGCAUGGGAUUUUCCUGAUGAUGUUGUCGAAGCCGUGCAGAAGCUGCAGCUUCCUGGGGCAACUGACUGCCCGAUGGACAGUUUGUCCAUGAAGGACUUCCAGACUGUCUUUGAAGAUACAAGCAUCGACAUGAACGGGUUGGGGACGUUGGCAAAGACGGUCGGUGAGGAGGCAUGGGAUGUGGAUACUGAGGUUCCCGUACCCCCUGCACCGGUGCUCCCCAUUGAUAACCGACCAGGAGGCAUGCAGCACUCUAUCGUGGGCUGCGCUUCGACGCAAUCUAUCUGCUCAUGCGGAAAGCAACCUGGCGAUUGUGAUCUACAAAUCGACAAGAAGCCUAAUACAUACAGACUCCUUCCCAUCACACUCGCACCGCCCGACGUCAACGUCGCAGAAGCGCGUAUACUCCCUAGAUUCGAAGGCAACCCAAGGUCCAAAACAGGAUUUGAACCUAUCAUCACUGGUGGUUUGGCUGCAGGGGUUGCCACCAUCGCUGGUGAUGUACACGCCUUCAAGAAACACGAGGAGCACAAAGAAGGGGUGCAGUGUUUGAUGGCGUUUUAUGAGCCUGCGAAGCCAGCCCAAGCUCUGCAGGCGGAAAAAGGGGUAGUAGGGAGACCACCCGUAGGCAGCAUCUGGCAGCAUACGGCGACGUGCUUGACCCUUCCAAAGCCCGGCCACCCCCCUGAGGAACCAUCUUCCCACUCUUGGGUUGAGCCCGGAGUUCACCCUCGCCCGAUUCCGAUCUGA